AGCUCCUGGGACUGCGGGUAAUGGGCGGGAGGGCCGGGCCGCAGAAGGCGUUCUCACACCGGCCAGUCUCCGUCCACCAGGAAGCCGACUUUUCGUACCUCCCCGGGGACCGAAAACCGCCGGUGCUCCCGCACCCGUCGCCGCCGCCGCUUGCUCAUGGAGAGCCCGUUCCGCCGCCGCCGCCGCCUCAUCUACUAGAACCUCCGGCAGUCUCGGCCUCCCCCGGCGUGAGCGCUGGGCCCCGGCACAGCCUCCAUCGCACUCGCCGCGGUGGCAGCCACAGCAGCUCCAGCGCCCAGGCCCGAUUCGACCGGACCCACGGAGCCAGGACCGCGGGACGCGUAGCUUCUUAUUACGGAGGAAGAUUCGGCCCGACCUCCGCCCCCCUCCCCCCAGCCCCCAGUCCCCAGUCCCCAGUGCCCAGUCCCAGUGCCCAGCAGCCUGACGGUGCUGCUGCGCAGGCGCGAAGACGCCCGGGCCAAAACUUCCUGGUUUUUCUUAUUUCUUAUGGCAUUUCACAGGUGAGAAAACUGAGGUGCUGAUGCAUUAAAUAACGAGUGUGUCUGUAUUGGAAUUCACGUACAAAACGUUCACUCUCAAUAUUAAAAUUAUCUUGCAAGGAGAAAGCCCUUUACAGAUGUUCAUAUGUGUGGAUUAUAUGUUUAAUUGACAAUCUCUCACAAGACACAAUUCAUUUUAUACUGAUUGGGUCAUUUUCUAACAGAAAACAGACCCAAUAAUGGCGGU